AUGACUGCUCGUCAACAUGUUGAAGCUGUGUUUGAAUUGAUGAAGAGGUAUCAACUAUAUGCCAAGAUUUCUAAAUGUGCUUUCGAGCUGAGAGGAUUUCUUGGCCUAGAUGGGUACUAUAUGAGGUUCAUAAAAGGGUUUGGAUCUAUUUGCAAACCUCUGCAUGAAUUGAUGAAGAAGGAUGGAUUUUUAUGGACAAAAGAAUUCAUAGCAGCUUUUGACAGACUCAAACAAGCUCUAGUCUUUGCUCCUCUUUUGGCCAUGCCUGAUUAUUCUAAAUCAUUUACAGUAGAGACCGAUGCUAGUGGGAAGGGCAUUGGAGCUGUUUUGAUGCAACAAGGUCACCCUAUAGCUUACAUUAGUGGAUCUUUGGCCCCUUAG